AAUUUAGUUAUUGUUCAAGUGAUUCGACUAGAAACAUGUCUAAGCAAUUGAUGGUUUGUUUGGUUCUGGUUGCGGUUUUGGGAGACCAAUUCAUGCAAAUUGAAUGUGAUGGUGGAUCGGUUGACAAAGCAAAGGGAGCCAUGACACAAGGAAACAAAAAAGGCGAAAGCAGCCGAACAGCUCUACAUGUCGCUGCUGAGAAUGGUAACUUGGAGGACGUUGGAAAGCUCCUCACAAAAGGAGCCAAAGUUGAUUCGACAGACGAAGAACAGCGUAAACCUCUUCAUUUGGCUGCUAUGAAUGGACACAAGGAUGUCGCUGAAAGGCUUAUCACGAAAGGAGCCAAAGUUGAUGUUUUAGACAAUUAUAAUCUGACACCUCUUCAUCAUGCUGUUAUGAAUAGACACAAGGAUGUCGCUGAAAUGCUCGUCACGAAAGGAGCCAAAGUUGAUAUUAAAGACUUUUAUAAUCGGACACCUCUUCAUUAUGCUGCUAUGAAUGAUCAAACGGAGGUUGUCGAAUUGCUCAUCGCAAAAAAAGCUACAGUUAAUCCUUUAGACAUUCUUCAGCGUACACCCCUUCAUUAUGCUGCUGAGAAUGGACACAAGGAUGUGGCUGAAAUGCUCAUCACGAGAGGAGCCAAAGUUGAUUUAGGAGACUCCCAUGAUCGGACACCUCUUCAUUAUGCUGCUGAGAAUGGCAACUUACAGAUCAUUAAAAUCCUUGUCGCCAAUCAAGCCAGUCUUACUAAUAAAGAUUAUCUACAUGAGACACCUUAUCAGAUUGCUUUGAAUAAUAACAAAAAGGCGGUGGCUGACUAUCUUAAGGAGACUGAAGAAAAAAGACGCCAAAAUUAAAAUCAAUUGAAAAAUCAAAUUUUUUCCUUUGAGUUCCGUAUUCGAUUGUCAUGUAGAAUAUUAACCCGCAAACGGGCAAGCUAAAUCACUUAAGACCGAAAUGGACCCAUAGUUUUAUGGCUGUAAAAUUGAAAAAAAAACGCAAUAUAUUUUCAAAAGUGAGACUGUGCUGGAAGCUAGAAAGAUGCAUCUCUCAAACGUGCCAUAUGCCGAAAAAAUUGAAUGAAAUGUACUACUUUUUAUGAUACAUUCCUUUUUACACCGAAAACAUUAUCAAUUCUGGUGGAGAAAUGACUAUUUUUUGCGUUUUUUGACAUUUGACAAAAAUCCAAAUGAAUACAUGUCUCUGUAACUUUUCUAAGUUUCAUCCAAUUUUAUUGGUAUAUUGCGCAUUAAAAUGGUUUUCGGAAUAAUCCUACUUUGGAUGAUAUAUUAUGUAUUCCCAAUUUUACAACCAUAAAGCCAUG